GUCAGUACGAAUUACUUUCACAUAUAUCAUCUUCAACUAUUCAUACGCGGUGAUGACGUAUCCGUCUCUUUAUUGGAAAGCCCCCGAAUACACACAAGGCAAACCGAAACUAAAUAAGGCCAGAAUGCAUAUCUACGUGAAGAUAUUAAAGGGAAAUGACUUCCAGGUUGCAGUGUCAUCGAGUCACACUGUUCUGGGAGUGAAGGAAAUACUAGCUAUGCAGAUCUCCAUUCCCGUUGAGGAACAAAAACUUGUGUUCAAAGGAAAAGCAUUAGUUGAUGACAAAAGGUUGAGCUAUUACAACAUCAAGGAGGGGGACAGGCUAUUCCUGUUGACCAAAAAACCUGAGAAAUCCGGUUCUCCUUCCCCAGGAAUGGUUCCGAAAUUUGCUGCAGACCUGUCCAAUUGCAGUACCACCAUUCUCUGGGACAAAUUACGGGCAUUCCUGCAAAGGCAUUUUACACCACAGGAUGUGGAGAAAAUUCUCACUGAAUUUCAAAAAGACUUCAAUGCCAGUAUAGAGAGGUUGAGCCUAGACGAUAUCGAGCGACUCGCUAUCACCAAAAUGACACAGUCAAAAGUAGGUCAGGAAGUGAGAUAGUGUGCCCUGCAUAUACAGCCCCUGUCUGCCGUCAUUGUCUGUGAUUCUCGGAGAAUUGUAAUCCCCAGAUUGUUUUUUUUAUUUUACAUUAUUGUCAUUUUCAUAUGUAUGGUGAUGCUAGGAAGUUGUUUUAUUUAAUUUUUUUAAUAAGUGUAUACACUGCAUUCUUCUUUUUUAACAAUACCACUUUUUGAUGAUAAUGAAAUUGGUGUAAUGAAUUGGUAAUCAUUUGAUAAAGCUUUCCAUAAUUUGGCAUUUUUAAUUAUUAGAUUUAGAUGUAUUUUAUUUGAGUUUUGUAUGUUUUUAUGUGUAUUCAUUUGUGUAUAUUUCAUGCAGUGCAAUGAAGAAAUAUUUAAAGUUGUUUGUUUUAUUACACUUCUGAUCCAAGUAUAUAAAAGGAUAUGUCAGUUUACCUCAGAAUGAGCAUACACAUUGCAGUGUAGUUAUGUUGAUAGUUCACACAGAUAGCAUGCUUGGUAUUGAUAUACAGAUGAAUAAAUUGAAUAUGACUUUAUCUACAUGCAGUGUGCUGUUUUAAAAAACUGCUUUGUGACUUUUUACAGUUUGUCUUGUCAUGUCUGAUUUCUCCCCCCACCCCCACCCCCACCCCUAUAGCUGUCUACAGUCUUCUCAGUUGCCUUAAUGUCAGUGUUAUUACCCACAGUAAUGGUGAUGUUGCCCAUAGUAAAGGUAAUGUCGCCCACAAUAAGAGCAGUAUUACCCUCAAUAAUGGAGAUACUGCCCACUGCCCACAAUAAUAGUGAUAUUUCCCUUCAAAAAGUAUGUGUGCAUCUUGUCUUGAUGAAAAAUAUUGUCCAGAAGUCUAACUUUAGGGGGGGGGGGGGAUAAAUGUAUUGCUUUGUGAAUGUCUAAUGUAGAUUGUGUCUGUCAUUGGUUUUGUGAAUUGUAUUGUAAAAUGACUUGUAUUUUCUAAUAAAGAACCAUGUGUUUACAA